AUGCAACGGCAUUCGAGCUACGCCUACCCGCAAUACGCGGCUCCCGCUCCCCAGAAGCACUACCCAACUGCACACAGCACGAGCAGUGCCUUCAGUGCCAGUGCCAACCCCAAUGAAGAUUGGACCAAGAUCUCAGACCUUGCAGAACGACGGAGAAUACAAAACCGGAUCGCUCAGAGGAACUACCGCAAGAAGCUAAAGAAGCGUCUGGAGGACCUCGAGAGGAGAGCAGGGUCGAGCUCAGCCUCUCCAGAGCAGAGGCACGAAGAGCUUCCCCACGCGGACUCCAUUCCCUCGAAUUCAUCCUCCUCAUCUCAACGAAAGAGCUCGCAUGGCAGCCGACGAGAGCGAACUCCCGAUGUCCUCACCCAGCAAUACGUCCUCCCCUCAGACGACCGAGGCAUGUUCUCGCAACAGUACACACGGCAACUGUCGACAUCGCCUCCUCCAUUCUCGUAUGCAUCGAUUCCUUCUGCGGAAGGUGUGAGCUACCCAGCUUACUCGGCGGCAUCCUACUGUGGCAUACCUGCCACCGGGGCCGAAGUCCCCCUCUAUCCGCAAUACUUGCCCAUCCAGCAGGCAUACGGGGUCCAGACCAUGACUUCGCCGCCCAUCAAGCAGGAGUUCUACGGCGACGACGAAAUGAACCCCUUCAGUAUGUCAUACGCUGCGAUUAACGAGAUGCCGUCGUAUCAAGAGAUCCCUUAUACACCACCACUCUCAGAGGCAUCUCCUGAGCACUGGCACGCCGGGUCUCCCCCAGAAGACUACCACCCCAGGACACCGGCAUCGCUCCGAAGCACGCCACCACUUACUGUCUACGACCGCUCAUGA